CUUUAGAACGCAACCCAAGUGUACAGUAAAAAUUAUUCGUUUUGAUAGUGUGAGUCCGACUUGGCUCGAUGUGAAAUUCUUCAUAUUGGAGAACGAUAUUUGAAUAAAAGAAAAAUAAUUAUAGAAAUUAUUUACUUAGGCGGAAACUUUGUAGCCAUAUCGUUCGUUAUUAGGAGACUGGACGACGAAAGAUAGACCGUCGUUUAAUAAAUGUUAAUAGUAGGAAAAUACCCGUUGACAGAAGGUCGAAAGACAUUCCUCUGGAUUAGUUGCACUUGUAUUGGCCUCUAUAUGGCUUACAGAUAUUGGAAAAAACGUAAAGUCAAGAUAAUCGACGAAAGUUUUAUCGAAAUAUUUAAGCUUAUAAAUAAACCUGAAAAGAAAGUGCUUUUAAUAGGAUUGAAAGGUGCUGGAAAGACUCUAUUAAUGAAUCAAAUAAAUGUUUUAUGUGACGAAAAUUUCAGUUACACUGUACCACCACAGCCUACUGAAGGUUCUAUUGCUACCAGAUUAAAAUAUAACAAACAUUCCUAUACUAUAUGGGAAAUUCGUGACAACCAAAUGUCGCGUGAGAUAGUGAAAUAUUGGAUGAUGUUCUUAAAUGAUGUUGAUCUCAUAGUAUUUGUGGUAGAUUCUGAUACACAUAAGUUAUCCGCCACAGCCUCAUUACUUAAAGAAUUGACAACUGAACCACAAUUAAAUAACAAAACAAUGUUAAUAGUUGCUAACAAACAGGAUUGUCCUGAUGCCUUAGCACCAGAAAAUAUUAAGCAACUUUUUGAUUUCAUAGAUUUUUCACCCAAGAAUAAGGUAGAGUUGAUUGGGUGUCAAACUGAACCAUUGCCUUGUCUAAUGAUAGGCGAGACUAAAUAUAAGUGGUACCAUAGUUCUGUAGCUCUGGUUAUGGAAAAGAUGUCUUCUAUGGCUAUAUCUUGAAUUAAUGAGAU